AUGCGGCGACAAUACCAGGAUCAGGAUAAAAAAUCCAACCCAUAUGAUACCAUUCGCCGUAUAUACGAACGUUUCUCCACUUCGGCUUUGCUCGAAAACAAAGCUGCAGUUGCGCGCGACCAUUUGGCUAACGAACGAACGUUUCUGGCAUGGUUGCGAACAUCCUUAUCUUUGGUAACUGUUGGAGUUGCCAUCACACAGCUGUAUAAUCUGAAUCCAUCAAACAAUGCACACGCCGGACGUUCGGUGGGAGCAACGUUUGUCAUCCUUAGUAUCGUGUUUCUGUAUAUCGCGAACGCUCGAUAUUUUCAUUCACAGGUCGCCUUAACCAAAGAACAUUUUCCAGCAAGUCGAGGAGCAAUUCUGUUUGGAUCCACGGCCGUGCUUGCGGUUCUCAUUGCCAUGUUUGUACUCAUAAUCAUCGAUCAAAAGCGUUAG